AUGUCAGGCGACCAGCGAAUCCACCUCGGCGGAUCCUCAAAUACGGAGCUCCCCGCCUUAUGGGAACAGCGUGACGAAACCCACGACGAACGCCCCGCAGCGGUAUCAGAACGCUACUGGCGACUGUUCAACGACCCGGGCUUGGCGCCCCCCGGCGGUGCACCCGCCGACCCGUCGCAAGUGCCACCUGAGGCCUUUCAUGACCUCGCCCACCAGGUCCGAACUUUGACAAGCAUAGUGCAGACCAUCGUCUCCCAGCGAACGUCUUCGCAGGCAGCGCCGCCUUCGCGGCAACAGGAGCCCCCCGCCCGGACCCACGUGCCACUCACAGAACUUCCUGGCUCGCCUCGAAACCCCACAACUCAUCCCGGGAGUCGGGAAGCAGAGGACACGGUGAGCCAUCCCGAACCUGAGGCUCCGACUGUCGAUUCGACGAACGCUCUACGAGCUCAGCUGUGCCUCGUCAGUCAAAGGCUUGACGAGGUACAACAGGAAGUUCGUAAGUCAAAGGGAGAGCUCGGGGCGGACGGACACCGAGGAUCUCCGUUCAUCCCCGAGAUACAGGACCAGGCGAUCCCGCCGCACUUCCACCUCCCCUCACUGGAUGCGUACGACGGCGCAGCCGACCCGGCGGACCACGUGGCUGCUUUCCGGGCCCAGAUGGCGCUAUUCGGGACUUCAGACGCCCUGAUGUGCAGGGCGUUCCCGACGACUCUGCGGGGACCAGCCCGCGCGUGGUACAGCGGCUUGAAGCCAGGGACCAUCGCCUCCUUCGACCAGCUCGCCAAGGAUUUCGAGCUUAACUUCCUGACGUACGCCCGGCCAAAGCCGUCCAUGGCGUUGCUCUUGGGGCUCAACCAGAAGGAGGACGAGCCCCUCUCCCACUUUGUGAACCGAUUUACAACACAAAUCCGGGGACUAGCGGAUGCUCACCCCUCUCUCUUGAUGCAGGCCUUCAUGGUUGGCCUGCGGCCCUCCAGGUUCUUCUGGUCACUCGUGGAGCGGCCCCCCGUCGCGGUCCCCGAAAUGCUCCAACGUGCCAGUCAGUUUAUCGCCGCGGAAACCUGGAUGGCUGGAAAGCGGGAGGAGCACAAAAAGGUCAAGUCAGAAUCGCCCCGACAGCAACAACCUACCGCCUCCCGGCGAAAGUUGGACAGGCCCGACCCCAGGCCUCCUCUUCCCGCCUUGAAUUCUUCCCGGACUGAAAUAUUCUUACACGAGAGAGGGAAGGGGAUGCUCAGGGACCCUCACCCGAUGAAGAACCCGCGGGAGCUCGCAGACCGUUCAAAGUAUUGCCGAUUCCAUCGACAACACGGGCACGACACUGAGCAGUGCUACGAGUUGAAGAGACAAAUCGAGGAGCUCAUCCUCAGAGGUCAUCUCGGCCAAUACCUCCGGCCAAACAAGGAGCAGUCACCUCGCCUAGAAGGCCCUGUCGAGCGACACAUCGAUGUCAUAGCCGGAUGCCCCGCAUCCGGAGGAAAUUCCAUGUCGGGCAGAAAGGCGUACGCCCGGUCCGCUCCCGACAAAGCCUCGGGACACGAGCCCGAGCCCGAGAUCACCUUCCCAACCGGAGCUGCUGAGCGACCCGACCACGACGAUGCCUUGGUGAUAUCGGCAAGGGUAGCCAACGCGCAAAUGAGGAGAAUCAUGGUCGACACGGGAAGCUCGGCCAACAUACUCUACUUCAGUGCCUUUCAGAAGCUGGACCUGGCCAGGGAAAAUUUAAGCCCGAUCUGCUCAGCGCUCACCGGCUUCACGGGAGAUUCAAUAUCGCCCCUGGGAGCCAUUACCUUGCCUCUGACCGUGGGGACCCCGCCAAGAUCGAAGACCGUAAUGACUACGUUCUUGGUGGUCGACCUUCCCACCGCUUACAAUGCCAUACUAGGUCGACCGACCCUCAACAAGGUCAGAGCCGUCGUCUCGACCUACUAUAGGACCGUCAAAUUCCCGACUCGCGAGGGGGUCGGGGAGGCCACCGGAAGCCCCCGAGAGUCCAGGCGCUGCUACCUUACCUCCGUCUCAUUGGGCAAGAGAACUAGGGCCGGGGCGCCCUUGGAAGAUCCGCGGGAAGCGAAGAAACUGGCUCCUCAUCCCGAGCCGAGGGGAUCCACUGUUGACGUUCCUUUGCAGGAAGCGCGGCCAAGCCAAACGGUAAGGGUCGGAUCGGAACUGCCCGAACGGGAACGGGAACAGCUCGUCGGUCUUCUGCGGAAAAAUGCCGACAUCUUUGCCUGGUCCCCAUCGGACAUGGAGGGGGUCGACCCAGAGGUCGCAGAGCAUCAUCUCAAUAUCCCACCUGACGCUCGCCCAGUGAAACAAAAACCCCGGCGCCACGCCCCUGACCGACAACGCGUCAUACGAGAGGAGGUGGGCCGACUCUUAGCGGCAGGCUUCAUAGAAGAAGCCAAGUAUCCCCAGUGGUUAUCCAAUGUAGUUCUCGUGAAGAAACACAAUGGAAGCUGGAGGAUGUGCGUUGACAACACCAGUCUCAACAGUGCGUGCCCUAAAGACUGCUAUCCCCUCCCGAAGAUCGACCGGCUGGUCGACGCGAUGGCAGGACACGCACGCCUCUCUUUCAUGGACGCCUAUUCAGGGUAUAACCAGAUCAGGAUGGCGCCCGAAGACAGAGAACGUACGGCUUUCCUCACCGAUCAAGGGAUAUACUUCUACAAGGUCAUGCCGUUCGGGUUAAAAAAUGCCGGGGCCACAUACCAGAGGACGGUAAACAAAAUGUUUGCCCAUCAAAUCGGCAGAAACAUGGAAGUCUACGUAGACGACAUGAUCGUAAAAAGCCGAGAGGCCAGAACGCACCUUGCCGACCUGGCCGAGGCCUUCGCCACGCUACGCAAGUUCCGCAUGCGGCUCAACCCCACAAAGUGCGCUUUCGGCGUCACCUCCGGGAAGUUCCUAGGAUUCAUUGUACACCAGAGAGGAAUCGACGCCGACCCAGAGAAGGUACAGGCAAUAAUCGAUAUGCAGACCCCCCGGACGGUUAAGGACCUACAGCGAUUCAACGAAAGACUUGUCGCCCUGUCCUGCUUCCUCGCCCGAGCGGGCGAUCGCUGCCUCCCGCUCUUCAAGGCGCUCAAAAACCCGAAGGAUUUCCAAUGGACAUCGGAAUGCGAGGAGGCCUUAAAGCAGCACCUGGCCAGCCUCCCUCGGCUCACCUCUGUCUCCCCCGGCGAGGAGCUGGGACUCUACCUAGCGGCCUCCCCGCAUGCGGUCAGCUCCGUCCUUGUCAAGGAAAGCUCCGGCCCGCAACUACCGAUCUACUACGUCAGCCACGUCCUGAGUGGACCUGAAGAGCGCUACCCGCCGAUAGAAAAACUCGCACUCACCCUGGUGCUCUCGGCUCGGAAGUUGCGCCCUUACUUCCAGGCGCACCCGGUGAAAGUCAUCACCGACCAGCCUCUCCGGCAGGUCUUAACAAAAUUCGAUGUUGCAGGUCGACUCCUCCGAUGGGCCGUGGAGCUCGGUGAACAUGAUAUCAGUUACGCACCCAGGACCGCCAUGAAGGCCCAAGCGGUGGCCGACUUCAUCGCGGAGCUGGCUCCCAUGGACGGAGAUCCCAAGCAAACCCCCGAGGCUUGGAUCCUACACGUGGACGGCUCAGCUAACUCAAGUGGUGCCGGAGCGGGGCUGGUCCUCCUCGCCCCUGACGGACGCUCGUUCGAGCGUUCCCUCCGCUUCGGGUUUAAAGCCACUAAUAACGAGGCGGAAUACGAGGCACUCCUAGCGGGAUUAAGGCUGGCCCUCGAAAUGCAGGUAAACGCAAUACACGUCCUCACCGACUCGCAACUUGUGGCCAAACAGCUCAACGGUGGAUAUGAAGCUCGGGAUGCAACCAUGGCCAAGUACCUGGCACGGGUAAGAGACCUAACCGCGAGGUUCCCUUACUUUACAUUAUCUAAUGUCCCGAGGGAGGAAAACGAGCGAGCCGAUGCGCUCGCUAAGCUGGCGUCAAGACAAACCCCCGAGGCAUGGCCAGAGAUUGAGGAGCUCCCCGCCCGCGCCAUCGAAGUAGCGACUAUGGCCCCAGGCGGUGCGCCGACUACGUGGGUGCAAGAGUUGCUGCGCUUCAAACGGGAUGGAACUCUCCCUCUCGACGAAGUCGCCGCUCGACGUCUAUGCCGCACACACGCGUGGUACGCCGAGGAGGGUGGUCGGCUUUACAAACGGUCCUUCACCCACCCCCUCCUGCGAUGCUUCAAACCUGACGAAGCACAGACAGUCUUGGCCGAAACUCAUGAGGGGGUCUGCGGCGAACACAUCGGCGGACGAACCUUGGCGCACAAGAUACUCCGCCAAGGCUACUACUGGCCAACCAUGUGCCGAGAUGCGAAAGCCUACGUGCAGCGGUGCGGAUCGUGCCAGCAACACGCCCGCGCACCCCGACAACCCUCGGUCCCGCUCUCCCCCAUCGACUGCGCAUGGCCUUUUGCCCAGUGGGGGCUGGACCUCCUCGGUCCCUUCCCACCGGCUUCUGGACAGCGGAAGUACAUAAUUGUAGGAGUAGACUACUUCACAAAGUGGGUCGAGGCCGAGCCACUGGCGACGAUCACGGAACAUCAGAUGGAGAAAUUCGUGUGGAAGAACCUUGUAACUCGGUUUGGGUUGCCCAGGGCCAUUAUCACCGACAACGGACCUCAGUUCGCAGGCACAAGGUUUCGGGAAUUCUGCGCCGGUCACGGCAUUCAACUAAGGUUCAGCUCGGUGGCCCACCCUCAGACGAACGGGUUGGCCAAGGUAACCAACCGGUCCAUCUUGGAUGGCCUCAAAAGAAGAGUGUCAGCGGCCCGAUCGAUCUGGACGGACGAGCUCCCUAGUGUGUUAUGGUCGCUGCGAACCACUCCCAAGACUGCGACCGGAGAAUCCCCGUACAGUUUGACGUUCGGAACCGAGGCCAUCCUACCACCCGAGAUGUCUAUCGCCACGCGUCGGACAAGGAGCUACGACGAGGAAACCUCGAACCAGGGACUUCGCGCCAGCCUCGACGUGCUCGAGGAGCGGCGCGCCGAUGCGCACCUGAAGGCCCUCUCUCACCAGAGAGCCGUCGCCAGGGCCUACAACAAAAAGGUGCGACCCCGACCGAUCAUGUUAGGUGAUCUAGUCCUACGAAGGGCCGAGGUCAGCGACCUGACCCGAACGAGGGGGAAGCUGGCCCCCAAGUGGGAGGGACCAUAUCGAGUUGUUGCCGUGGUCCGACCGGGUACGUAUCGACUCACAGCAAUGGACGGUUCCUCCUUGCCGAGAACGUGGAACAUCCAGAACCUCAAAAAGUUCUUUGUCUGA